UAUCUUGUUUGAAUUUCCCCUUGUGAGUUGUGAGUUGUAACUUACAUGGCAGAAAUUGAUCGAUGGUCGAACCUUCAUCCUGAUCUUCUAUAUCAAAUCACAGAGCAUCUGUAUUCCUACGAUGAUUACAUUCGACUUCGAUUGGUUUGUAAGGAAUGGAACUCCAAACUUUCAAGCAUUCCAAAUCAUAAAAGAAACCCGUGGCUGUUGUUACCUGGCACUACUCACGACUCUUCUUUGAGCCAUGUUCUUGAAAAGGAGCAGAUCUACCAUGUUAUGUUGCCCGAUUUUGAUAUUAAUGACAACCUAAUUCGUGGUUCUUGUCAUGGAUGGUUAAUUACUGUUGUGAUAUCCAAGGGAGCAAUACGAAUGUUGAAUCCUUUUACUAAGACUCACAUGGAUCUUCCUCCAAUUUCAACUUUUCCAGAUGUGGUUCGUUAUCAUCCUGACCGGCACGGGAAUGAAUACGUUCGGCUGGAUCUUCGUGACGAUGAGAUCUAUACUCUUGACGCCAUUAGUUUUCAUAAGUAUGAGAUUCAGAAGAUUGUGAUAUCCUCCCCUCCUGACAGUGAGGAUUUCAUGGCAGUGGCUAUAUAUGGAGAGUGCGGCCAGUUGGCCGUUUGUAAACUGAAUGACAAGAGAUGGACACAUAUUCCAACUGAACAGAUAUCGACAUUGUUUCAAGAUGUCAUAUUUUUCCAAGACAAGAUAUACACCGUAGACAAGCAUACAAAUCUGUAUGAGUUUGAUAAGAAGGUCAUUAUGGACGAACUAGGGAAGAAGCCCCGGCCUCAACUAGUACCGCUACUGACCUCCAUUGGAGGAAUAUGUGAAGCUCCGCCUCCUGCGAAAUUGGCCAGAUGUUUCCUGGCAAAUCCCCAUAUUGCAAGGGAAAUCAUAUAUACUACACAGACAACCAACUGGUGUUGCACACUCCAGGCGAACCCAGCCUGCAAGAUAUGGGCAUCUUAAACUUGGAAGAUACAAAGACCAACAAAAUACUACCAAAUGUGGAAUGGGUAGUGUGUCCUCCAACUUGGUUGUUACCCUAACUGAGGACUCCUUUAUUUAUUUACUUACUAUCUACCACAGUUUUUUAGUGGUUUUUCUUGCACUUUAUAAAAGUUAUUUCUUAGUCUUCUAUAGAAGAUAAUUGUCAAGAUGUUUUUUUUAAUGGACCCCAUUUAAGAUAAG